UCACAACUUAUGGAACAAAAGUAUGUGUUUAAGUUUGGUUUUUGUUUUGUUAAAGAAUCAAACUUAAACUAGUAUUUAAAUAACGAACUCAAUUAGAGUAUGUUUGGAUGCAAUGAUUUCAAAUACAUAAUAACAAAUCCCUUGAACUUAUAAACCCUAGGCAGUAGAACGAAACAGAAAACGACGUCGUCUCGCUUCAUAAAUCAUAAUAAUAGAGUUCACUGCCCCGAAGGCCUGAGUUGCGAAGCCAAAUUAAAAACUCCAGCGCCAUCGAUUUAGCUUCGUUCGUCUUCUCCUCAAAACACACACACACAGUAGAAUGGUAUACGUGGCAUCGUGGGACGAUUUUCUAGAAAAAUCCCUUCUUUUGUUUCGCUCCCAACCCGAUCAAACUCGUUACUCGACGAAAUACAGGCAUUGCGAUGGCAAGUUGGUUCUCAAAGUCACUGAUGAUAAGGAGUGUAUAAAAUUCAAGACAGACCAAGCACAGGAUGCUAGAAAGAUGGAGAAGCUCAAUAACAUAUUCUUUACCCUGAUGGCUAACGGACCUCAAGCGGAUAUAUCUGAAGUCGGUGUAAAAGAACAAAUAGAGGCACAGCCAGCCAAGAAAGGAAGAGGAAGGAAACAAUAAUACUUGAUUAAUAGUUUUUCAAAGAAACACAUUGUUUGGGAAAAUGGAAAUAAUACGACAAAACAUUUUUCCCGAUCCUGUUCGUUUUUUCUUGCAAAGGAAUUUUUGCUCGAUAAUUUGACUUUCUUUUAUCUAGUUAAAUUAUGUUGUGGUGUGUGUGUGUGUAUAUAUAAUUUCUCACUGAGAAACUAAAGGUGAUUUUAAAGAGUUCAAAUCUUGUU